AUGGUCGUAAAAAAUUUUUCUAAUUCGUUUUCAGUUUUCCGAUUUGAUCAGAUCAUUUGGUGUAUUAUGUCGAAUUCUAGUGUUAUUGAUGGUGAUUUGUAUUCUUCUAUGAGUGAGAGUGAAGAAGAAGAUGUUGAGAACUCAUUUUUUGAAGGUGGUGAAUCUUCAAGUUCAGUACAUGAUUCACAAUAUUUUGAUGAUAUAAUUGGAGAACAUGUCUAUAAGCCAGAUGUACCUGUUCAACUUAUUCCAUUUAAGGGUUUAAUCUUCAAAUCAUUAAAGUUGGCUAUCAAAAUGUAUUCUGAGUAUGCUGAAAUUGGUGGUUUUGAUGUUAGACCGAGCACACAGUCAAGGUUUGAUAACAAGAUUAUAAAGAAGAAACAUGUUAUAUGUAAUCGUGGUGGUAAACAGAAAAAGAAAUCUUGUGACACAUUUUUUGAUGAACUUCACAUCCAUCCACUUGAGGAGAGAAGCGAUUUAAAAAAGGCGAGACAAAUGUCAUAUUCAGAAAAAGAGUUUAUUGUGCAUGCUUCCACAUUAAAAAUAGGUCCAACUAUGGCUCAUAAGUUAUGGUCAAGUCUGAGAGGUGGGUAUCAGUUUGUAAAGCCCAAAGUAGCUGACUAUAAAAAUUUAAGGAGAGAUAUCAACAGGGUUAUUGGUUAUAAAGAUGCCCAAAUGAUAGUAAACACAAUGAAUGACCGUCGAGCUCAUUAUCCAAAUUACUCAUUUGAGUUUAAUUAUCAAGAUGAUGUUUUGGACUGUAUGUUUUGGGUUGAUGAAAUGGAGAAGGCAUAUUAUGCUGAAUUUGGUGAUGUUAUCUCGUUUGAUGCGACUUUCCGAACAAACAAGUAUCGAAUGGUUUUUGUUCCGUUUACUGCUAUUGACCAUCAUAAAAAAUCGGUUACUGUUGGAUCUGGGUUGCUAAGUAAUGAAAGCAUUGAGUCUUACUCUUGGUUGCUUAAAGCAUUUCUUAAAACUCAUGGGAAAGAACCAACACUUGUUUUAACCGAUCAAGAUGCUGCAAUAAAACAAGCUGUUGAGAAUGUGUUUCGUAAUUCAAAGCACCGAUUAUAUGAUUUAUUUACAAACACAAACUUUAGAAAAAGGUUUUCGAAGCUUUUUUGGGACAUUAAUAUGAAACCUGAUGUUUUUGAGGUGAAGUGGGGUUUGCUUAUGAAGGAAUUCAAUCUUGAAGACACAAGAUAG